AUGUCAGGACCAGUGCCAGAAGUCACUGCGCUGCAGGAGGUCUACACCGAUCACUCGCUACUAGACCAGGGCAAGCGAUGGAACAAGCUUCUCGAAAAGUUCCAGAGCACCUAUGGCAGCCCGGCUGAGUUCGUCGCUCGUUCGCCCGGUCGUGUCAACAUUAUUGGCGAGCACAUCGACUAUUCCCUCUACUCGGUCCUGCCCAUGGGUAUAACGCCCGAUGUCAUCAUCGCCGUCUCAACCCAAGUCGACACACCCGCCGCCGAGGGCUCAUACAGGCUGAAGCUGGCCAACCUGGACGAGGCCCGAUUCCCCACCCGGGAGUUCGAGCUCGCGCAUGGCGACGUUGAGAUAGAUGCGACGAAACAUGAGUGGACCAACUACUUCAAGGCUGGUCUGAGGGGCGCGUUGCAGCUGCUCAAGAAGAAAUAUGGUCCCGAUUUCAAAACCAAGAGCAUGCAGGUGCUCAUGGACGGAACUGUCCCUGCUGGCGGUGGUCUCAGCUCCAGUGCCGCCUUUGUGAGUGCCAGUGCUCUGGCUGUCAUGAUCGCCAACGGUGAGAAAGAUGUCGAUAAGAAGGACUUGACAGAGGUCGCCAUCGUGAGCGAGCGUGCGGUCGGUGUCAACUCAGGCGGUAUGGACCAAUCCGCAUCCGUCUUCUCAGAAAGAGGUUCUGCCUUGCUUGUUACAUUCUCGCCGUCGCUAUCAGCGCGACCCGUCUUCUUCCCCAAGACCAACCCAGAACUCAUCUUCGUCGUUGCACAGUCAUUCGUCACGUCGAACAAGCAGGUGACUGGACCAAUCCACUAUAACCUCCGCGUGGUGGAAUGUAGCAUGGCAGCUGCCGUCCUAAAUGCCAAAUUAGCUUCUGGUACCGAGCUCCCCAAGGACGCCGGCCCGCUUGGCGUAUCUCUGCGCGGUUUCCACUCCAACUAUUUCAAAGACACUCAGAAGUCAAUGCCGGAGCAACUGUCUGAGCUCAUAGAGCUGACAAAGUCCACUCUUACCCAGGAAGACGGGUAUACGCUUGAGGAGGUCGCAUCCGCUGUGGGGACGACUGUGGACGACAUCAAGGCCAAAUUCAUGUCGAGCUUCCCAGUUCGUGGUGAGCGCUUCAAGUUGAGGCAGCGCGCACUCCACGUGUUCACGGAAGCUGCUCGAGUGUUGCAGUUUCUAUCACUGCUUGAGGACAAGUCGCAUCACUCAACUGCUACUGACACUACUGAGUACAACCAAAAGCUCGGCGAUCUGAUGAAUGACACUCAAGACUCGUGUCGCGAGCUGUAUGAGUGUAGCGCGCCAGAAAUUGACGAGCUGUGCAAGAUUGCUAGAGAUGCUGGCAGCUAUGGUAGUCGAUUGACAGGUGCUGGCUGGGGUGGAUGCAGUGUCCAUCUCGUACCGGAGAACAAGGUCGAUGAUAUCAAGAAGGCCUUCCACGACAAGUACUAUUCGAAGCGCAAUCUGAGCAAGGAAGAUCUGGAGGCUGCCAUUGUCGUUAGUCGUCCGAUGAAUGGAAGCGCAGUCUUCAAGUUGGAGGGCGGCAAGCUGCCAUAG